UCUUGUAUGUGCCGUUUUGUCGCUGCAAUCGAUCCCUGUUACCAAAGAGUAUGUACACAUUAUGGUUUUAUUUUGUAACUGGGCGGCUAGUCUGUGAUAUGUUCCUUGGUCUGUGAUAUUGAUAAACACUUAACAAAAUGUCGAUGUGUUUUUUGUUUGUGUCAAUAUCGACUUCACAGGUGCAGGUUGUUUUGUUGAUUUCCUUAAGCUUACGCUAAGUUGAGAACCAAAAUAUCUAAAUCCUUCUCGUUUUGAUACUUUAGUUUCUGUUUUACUUUCUUAAACAUUCGUGAUGGGACUAUUUAAGUGUUGUGUCGGUGGUUGUAAUGCAACCAGUGAGACGCAAAAACUCUAUAGUUUUCCCAAGAACGAUAAUUUAAGAAGUUUGUGGCUAUCCUUCUUAGUGCCUACUAAUUCUCUUCUCAUUGGACUCUCUAAAGAUCAAUUGAUUAGAAAGCGUGUUUGUGAGAAACAUUUCGACAAACAGCAGUUUGACGAAGAAGGUAAAAGACUUCGGUAUUCGUAUCCGUGCUUACUUACGGAUGUCGAAAUAGCACACGGGGAACCACGUCCUUCCACUGGAGCUGUUCUAAACUCUUUGAACGAUCAUAAUUAUUACAAAGAGGAUAGUGAUGAGCACGAUGAUGUAACAGACGCUCUAUUGGUCAUUGGGAGAGCAGGUGAGAACUUUCAUGAACACUCAUAUUCUCAACCUGUCAUAUCUGGUACAACAAAUCAAAGAGCUGAAGUCUUAGAACAACAUUCUUGUUCUUAUAAUAAAGAAGUGGAAAGUCUUGCUACGUCUGUGCAGUCUCUCUCUCAGUCAACACGAAAGUUAAAAACUUUUCAAAAAAAGAAGAAGAGCCAACACAAUAUGCUGAUAAAAAAACUGGAAUCAAGUAAAAAGAAAUUUAUCGAACAAGUUACAGAAAUUUCAUCAGAAACUUUGGAUAAAACGUUCAAAGAAAGAAUUGAAAAAGCCACAUUGUAUGGAACAAAUAUAAAAUUAUUCAAAAAUUUUGAUUAUUUGAACAAACAAGCACAAAAGUUUUUAAUGAUGCAAUUACGAGUAUGUAGGCUAAAGAAACACGCUAGACGCUUUAGCUUGGAUGAAAAGCUAUUAUCUUUAACUUUAAUGAAGCAAAGUCCAAAAUCAUAUAAAUUGUUAGAAAAUAUAUUUAAUUUACCUACAAAGAGGACAUUAAAUCGUCUCUCAGAGAAGAUAGAAAUUGAACCAGGAUUGAACUUCAAAGUUUUUGAAUUCAUAAGAAAUAAAAUAAAAAAUUGGAAUACAGAUAAAAAACUAUGCACCAUUGUCUUUGAUGAAAUAUCGUUAACACCACAUCUUACAUAUAAUGAAAAAGUGAUGAAAUUUAUGGUUUUGUGGAUGUAGCUGAAGAAAGGAAAAAAAGGUUUUGUGAUCAUGCAUUAGUUUUUAUGGUCAGAGGAAUAUGUUCACCGUGGAGACAAUGUAUAGCAUUUUAUUUUUGUGAAGGAACUGUAUCAGCAGCUGCGUUGCAAAAUAUAAUAAAGCAACUGGUCUCCCAAACAGUUCUGACUGGGCUCAUACCAAUAGCAUUGGUUUGUGACCAAGGAUCAACAUUUAGAACAGCUAUCAAAGCUUUCAGAGAAGACUGUUAGAAAUCGAAAUAUUCAGAAUAUAAAAAAUGAUGGAACCAUAAACAUUGCUGGGCAGAAUUUGAGUGUCUUCUUUGAUCCGCCUCAUCUCCUUAAAGGAAUACGGAAUAACUUCCUCAACAAAAACAUUAUUUGGAAAGGAAAAAAAGCCACAUGGAAAGACAUUGAAUUUAUAUUUGAUGUGGACAGUAAAUUGGGACACACCAGAGCUUUGCCUAAAUUGACAGAGCACCAUGUCAACCCUGACAAAAUUAAAAAAAUGAAAGUCAGUGUUGCAGCUCAAGCCUUAAGUGCCCGAACUGCUGCCAUGUUGAAAUAUACAAAUGCAGUCUCUAAUUUACACACUGGACACUCUAGCACCAUGGAAACAACAGCUGAAGUCGUUGCAUUUAUUGAUAAGCUUUUUGACAGUGUCAAUUGUAAACCUGGUUGUGCAAAAAAAGGGAAAUUACGAAAGGCAGUAAAGAAUAAUUCUAAACAUCACUCAUUUUGGACAGAAGCCAUAGAGAUAAUUAAAGAGUUAAAAUUUGAGGACAGUAGCAGUAAAAUUGCUGUUAAAGCAGGAAGGCCUCGACUUGUGCGUGUUCCAUCCUUAGAAGGUUGGAUAACAACCUUAGAAAGUUUCAUUAGAAUAUCUAAGUUAUUGUUUGAAAAAUAUAGCAUCGAAUAUUUUUACCCAAGGUUUAUUUACCAGGACCCACUGGAAAAUUUUUUUGGUAGGAUAAGGUCUCUGAAUUAUAGGAAUAUAAACCCAGAUGCAAAUACAUUUCUGCAUGCAUUUAAAUCAUUGGUAUUAACCAAUUUGUUGAGUCCUCACUCAAAAUUUGCCAACUGUGAAGUGGAUGAUGGCGAUUCAUUGCUAGAUGUAAAUUUUUUAUUUGAAAGUUCUUCUAAUGAUAAAGAAAACCGUUUUAAAAUGCCAUCCACUUCACAACAGCAACAACAACAGAUACUAGACCAUAACAGUCCAAGUGGGUCUUUAAAAGACGAAAUUAUACUGGAAAAAAUAAAAGUUCAGUGCUCAGCCUAUACGGCUGGGUUCUUAUGCCGUAAAUUAACUAAAAAAAAUCAAUGUAAGAGCUGCCUAAAAACAUAUACAAGCAGCUCUACAAAUGAAAAUAUUUAUGCUUAUAUAAAAUUAAGAGAAUACGAAAUGCUCAAAAAUGAUAAUUUAGCAUAUCCUAGUGAAAACUUUAUUAAGAUGUACAGGGAUGGAAGUAAUUUAAUACAUAAGUAUUUAAAUAAAAAUGCUUGUGAAAAAAAUAUUGGGAAAAAUUUAAAGAAAAUGCUAAAUAAAAGUUUGAGGUUUUCCUGGUUGGGGUGCUGUUCUUCACACACAGAAAUAUUAAAAAGUGUAUUUUUCAAUAGUAUAAUAAGAUUACAUGUCCACAAUUGGUGCAAUAUUAUAAAUAAAAUUUUGAAAGGGGAUAUCAAACAAAAAUAUGUGUCCAAAAUGGCUGAUAUACAUAAAUCUGCCUACGAAAAAUAUAAAAAGCUCGUACUCCGAAAUAAAAGCGUUUAAAAAUAAAUUUGUUUGAUUUUUAAUUAAGGUUACAAAAUAAAAUAAAUGAGACCAAUUAUGGUUAUCGAUAUAUCAGGUAGGGACGUCACUAAAGUAUCGAUAACGAAUGACUGCAGUAGGUAAGCACUAGCUGCAAGGCUACAGUAGCGCCAAAACGGCACAAUUGGAAAACUGUAUGAAAAGCCCCAACGCCAGUGUCCUAUCUGUUACGUAGUAACUAAUAACUAAUCUGUGGUUUUGUGUGUGCUAGAAUUUUAUAGAUAAUUGGUAUUGUUUUUGCCAUAAUGUUUCCCUUUCGUCUGUUAAAACAUUGGGUAAUGUUGAUAUAUUUUAAUAAUCAUGUGGUGUACAUAAUACGUAUUGUAUGAACUUUGUCCUACCAAAAUAGAUUCAGUUGUCAUGGCUGCUGUAUUUCCCUUAUUUCUCGGACAAGUCUUCGUUUUUGUUAACGUCGAAUAAAAUGUACCUUUUUGGUGCCUUACUUUAUAUUAUAUCUUAAAAGUUGAAAUUCCAUGGCAUUCCUAGUGAAAGAAUCGACGUCUUACUCUCAAACGAAAAGGUCUCAAAUCGUUUGACGCGAUAACGCCUUUUUAGGCGCACUUUCUUAGUUUCUUAAACCAGUUAUCACUAUGAAAGUGCGCAUAGAACAGGUAUUAUAAAUUACUACGUAUAUUAAUAUUUUCUCUGAUUGUCUGGUAAUUUUAAUGUUAGGUUCAAAAUAAAAUAAUAUGUUGAGAAGCAUUUCAUCUGCAUUUUGAUACUAGUUUCAAUAGUUCCACAGUCUAAGAGCUGGUCUUAAAUAUGAUGGUUAGGUUAUAGCCCCAUCCAUGUCCUAGAAAUGGGUCUUUUCUCAUUUUUAGUACAUGUUAUUCUCUUUUAUUAGUUUGAGGUGAAAGGGGAAUUCUAGUUAUGUUUAGUACCUACCUAAAUGGAUAAUAUUCUUUUAAUAAAUUAAUAAGUAAUGUUAAGUGGUUUGUGUUGCACUAUGGUUAGGCUUAAUUGAAAUGUGUUUUUUUUGUAGAAUAAUAAAUAAAUAAAUAAGUUUGUUCUGUUUAAGUGACACACAACACAACAUUAUUUAACUAUUGUGUAUUUGCAAAAUAUUCAAGAAAUGGUUUUUUACGUAGAUAGAGAAGUUGGUACCUCUGCAAUUAUGGUCCUAGGCGACCUAGCUCCAUAAUUGGGGAGCUGAGCUUAAACAUGAUGGGUUUUACUCCCAUUAAUUCCAUAAAAAUGGGUCUUCUCAAUUUUAAGACUGGCUAUUUGGAGCUUCCAAAUUGGAGGCAAAAAGGGAAUUUAAUUAUGUUCAUUAUAAAAAUAAAUAAAAAAUAAAAUUAGCCUUUAUUCUUUGACUAUGAUUACAUAUAUUAUACUUUAUACUAUUUCUUAUUUUGUAUGACACUAUCGCAGUCAGGUUGUCCUUCGACAUAGGCCUCCUCCAGACAUUGCCACUCAGCUCGGUCUCUACCUUUUCUACGCCAUCCUUUUGGCAUGUCAUCUUCCCAUCUUUUGUGUUCCAUCUCUGGGGUACAAUUGAAUGACCUCUAUGUUCAUUAUAAUUAUGGCUAAUUCUUUUAAAUACUUUGUUAGUUAAGUGUUGUUUGUUCUGUCUAUGUGACACACAACACUUACCAUUAUUUAACAAACGUGCAUAUACAAAAUAUUCAGGAAAUUGUAGUCUAUUUGUGUUAGUUAGACACACAACACUUCUUCUUUUUCUUUUUCUUACACAACACUUAUUAUUGUAUGUAGUUAAUGUGCAUCUAGCAUAUGGUUAUGGGAUUUUUAACUCUAAUUCUUGUCUUUGGUUUGUAGUUGUCCACCUCAGACUUGUUGGUUGUGUCGCCGUUGUGGUUGUAUAUUGAUAUAUAGGAUUAAAGACAAUGUACUAAUUAUUAUUAUUUAUUGCACUGAUGAAAAUAUAAAAUGACUAUAAAAUAAAAGGUGUAUAAAAUAGUUGAGAGAUGAAUAUCUUAACAUUCCAUGGAUUCACUGUGUGGGUGCUGGGUCCAUCGCAUCAUAGAGAGAAAAACUGCAAGCAGAGUCCUGAACUUGUGACUACAGGAUGUAGGGUUAAGGAAUUCCUUGAUGAUCGAUCAACACUCCCCGUUCUCUGCUCGUGUUGUUCUCCCUGCCUAGCCAAAUUUGGUAAGAUCCUAUUAGAGCAGCUUUGGAUACAGGUUCUAAUAUAGAACUAGCUGCACUUCUAGAGAGGCCAAGGUCUAUAAGCAAGUUAUAGAAUGAUUUUGCUGGAAAUCCUUUUGCACCUACUUCUACGGCGUACAGACUAACUACAUAGCCAUUUUUAGUUGGGUUCAUUUGUUAGAUCAUAAUAUUUGUUCACUUUUAUACUGUGGUCCUUCGGAAUGUUAGUCUCUCAUGGCACAGUAAGCUCUACAAGUACUAUUCGCUUAGUUUGCUUGGACAAAAGGAAAAUGUCUGGUCUAGAUCUCGAAAUAGUAACAUCUGCUGGGAUUUUAUAAUGCUUCACAUACAUAUCCAUUAAUAAAGUCCAAUCAGGUGCUGAACCUAGGAUUGAGUAAGGCUUACUAGAUGAUUUUGUUAUUGAACCUUCUUUGAUGAAGAGUUGAUGAAGAGUUGUUGUCUUUUAUUUGAAGUCAAUCCUUUUUGAGCUCUAGGAUCGUAGGAAGUAUAUUUGGUAUUUCGUCUCUCCAGACAUAGGCAGUAGCAUUUACUUGGCUUUGUCCUCAGUCCCUCAGUCCACAAACAAAACUCAUCCACUUCAUUUAAUAGUUCCUGACAAUAUUUCGAGUUACGCGCCAGUAUAGCAAGAUCGUCUGCAAAGGCUAAGAUGGACUUAGUGUACUUAUUGUUAAUUUUAAACUGAUAACCCCAUUUCCUUUCGUGACUGAUUAAUUUAUCUAUUACACCAUUAAUAACUAUAUUGAAAACUACUGGGGAUAAGCAGCAACCUUGGAACAGGCCCACAUUGUAUUGUAAGGGUUUUGUGUAUUCCUUGUUUACUGCUAUGGCAAAUUUUAACUGAGAAUAAUAUGAUGUAAUUAACUCAAUAAUAAUGCUGGGAAAGUAGUACCAUUUCAACGCGAAAAUCAUCAGAUCAUACGUUCUCCAAGUCUAACCAGCAGACCGCAAUUUGUCUCUCAUACUUUCUGGCAUCUUGCACCGGGACCGGGUUAGAGCUGGGCGGAGAUAUUAUUAAAUAAAAUCCGGUGAGAUAAAAAUAUAAUUUGUAUUCAAUAAUUUAAUCUAGCUCGCGGUAGGCACACAAAAUUUGUAGGGCACGACCCUACAAAUUUUGUGUGGUAGAACGUAUUUUAUCUGCUAAUCAAGAUGCAGCCGUAUGAAGUACUCCCCUGUUGGGAUGCCGAGAUGUAGGGUGGCACCAGGACGCGGAGAACCCGACGGAAUUUGCCUCAGGGCACGUCGGAUGCGGUCCGGGCGUAACUUCGUAGAUACGUGUACACGUAGAUGAUUCGAUUCGUUGAUUAUUUCUAUGAAUAAUCCGUGCCUCGAAGAACAAGAGCAACGACGACGACGACGACGACGACGACGACGACGACGACGAACCACAAAGAAGCCGUGAUGAAGGUGACAUUGAGAUAUUACGUUGCAUAAAGUAUUUUAAUGUGCCAUUCCGGUACAAUCUUUCAGACUUUCGCCCAGUAAUGUAUUAUGUUCCAGGCAUCCAGAAAUGCCGGGUAAGAACCCUUUCUGGUGAUUGGGCCUGAAAUAUCUAUUGUUGAUCAUAAAAUGUGUCAUUUUAGUUUGCAAAAUACUAAAAAAGAUUUUAGAAGUUGUAUUACCAUGAUACCCAUGUCAUUGUCACCCAUUGAUUCAGCUUUACGAAGUUGAAUAAUCGCGUCCCGCUUGGCCUAGCGGCUUAGCCUACGGUCCUCGUUCAACAGUCCGUCGCAGAAGUCCUGGAACUCCUCGAGGUCUCUGCGAUAGGACUCCAAGGUCCUCGACCCCGGCGCCGUCCAUCCCCAGCAAUGCCCGGUAAGCCUCUUCGGCAGAGCUCUGCCUCGACGGCAGUUGAAGACAGCGCCUCUAACCGAUGCCUAGCAAAAUAUGAGCUCGUUCAUUUAAACGUUUUAUGAAUGACUGGAAACACCUCAUUGAUCGGUUUUUUUCCGAAAUGCGCUUGAUAUGUUAUUUUUAAUACUUAGAGUGCUUAAUUUGACAAUAAUAUUUUUUGGAUUAUUGUUAUGUUGAUACGCAUGAGGCACUUCAAUGCUUUGGGGCAUUUUGAUCUUCUUGUACAAUACGGUAAAAUACAACCAACUCACAGGUUUAUUAAAAUUGAUAAUAUUCAGCAUUACAGUACAAAAUUAUUUAGAUUCGGCAGGUUUUGGCUGUAACAGGUUCAGGGUAAAGGCAAUUUGAGUUUUAUAGAAAAACUAUUUAUUUAUUAACAAUAAUAAUUUACAAUUAUCUCCAAUAAAGUUACAAGUCUAUUCCCCAUUGCCUGCCUUUCGUCUGUUAUUCCAUUUCUCGGAAGCUUUUCUCAUUUCAUAGAAUAUUAUAGUCAUUAUACUGUUAUAUUAAUUUUUCUCCCAUUCCUCAUCAGAAUGCAGAAAAUGUGCAGCCUGUUCAGUCUGUGUAGGUCUCACACGUCUGCCCAGGCCGAGCAGGCAUAGUUCGAAAAACUCUAGGACGAGUCACCAGCCAUGUGGUCCCUGUAUGAAGCUGCAGGCUCUGUCUGGUGCGGUGACAAUGCUGAUGGUCCAGGAGCGUUCCAAGGUCGUGGAAUUGUACUUCUUCAGUUGCGGAUAGUACACCGACAAGAUUCAGAACUCUCUGUUACAAAUCUGUCAGCCUGCUGCAACCGGCUGGACAUCGACCAGUACCUGUGGCUGCCCUAUGGAGACGCAUUUUCUUUUUCGUUUUAUUUUUCAAAUCACUCCAAACCUAUUUCCACUUCUCAACAAUUUCACUGUCACCAGCCGUCACUGUUAAGGAGGUGUGUUAGUUCCUUCCACUUCUGCCAAUUCCCAGUUCCACUUCUGGCAUUACAUUCCCAUGUUUGGUAUUUCUUAGGUUGCAUGUUGAGAUAACCAAUAUCACAGUAGAUCCUCCUCAGUAACUUGACUCUUCUUGACUCUCUUGAAAAAAGCGUAUUUUUGUAGGCAUUCGUUAUUAUCUUCCUCACAAUUUGCCCUACGUGAAUGUAUAACGCUAUAGUUGUUAAGGAGAAGAGCUUUAAACGCCCCUCAAACGAAAUUGUGUUUGGAGCAUUGUUCCUUGCUUCUGAUAUUCCCGAAAAAAAUUCCAACAGGGUCUUGGUUGAAAUUUCGUGUCAACAAUGCAUCUAAAUUGUUCUUUUUGGAUAAUACUUGCCAAAUUGCUUCCAUGCCCUCGAUCGUUUUUAUUAAGUUUACUAAAUGGUACAGUUGAUGUUAUUAUUCGAAUUUUGUUGUUUUGUAAAUAAUUUACAGUUUUUAAAUUUUUUUUCUUUCCGUCCAUAAUUCAUGGUAUCCUUUCGAACAUCACCUUUGUAUAUUUUAAUAUCCGGUUUAUUAAAAUUGCUCACAUUUGGAGAAUCUAACAAGUUAUUUAAUAAAAGAGUAAUAUCUAUAAGUUGUCGACAUUCCUAUGAAAUGUCUCCCCUUGCAGAUAGGUGUUCAGUUACAACAUUUUAAAAUCUGAGUUCAUAGUGUAGCUUGUAUCACGCUGUCUCUAAGUGAAUAAAUUGGUCUCAUUACAUUUACUUAAGUAGGUUGUUCACCCAACAAAUUGAAAAAAAGCUUUCAAAGAUCGAGAAAUUGUACUUCUUCAGUUGCAGCUAGUACACCGACAAGAUUCAGAACUCUCUGUUACAAAUCUGUCAGCCUUUGUGUUAUUUUUCAGGUCACUCCAUACCUUUUUCCAUUUCUCAACAAUGUUACUAUAAUCAGCCGUCACUGUUGAGGAGGUGGGCUAGUUCCUCCCACUUCUGUCAAUUGCCAGUUCUACCUCUGGCUUUAGAGAAGCGUUUGCUUAUAUCCUCAUGUUUAGUACAUCUUUGGUUGCGUGUUCAGAACACCAAUAUCGCCAUAGAAAACUCGCAUGAAGAAGCAAUUUACAAAGAAUAAUAGUAAUAUUUGAUAUGGUUGUUAGUUCGUCGUUAUCAACCCAGAUUCGGCUCACAGCUGACCUCGAGUCUCCUCUCAUAAUGAGAGGGGUUAGGCCAAUAGUCCACCACGCUGGCCCGAUUGGCAGACUUCACACACGUAGAGAAUUAAGAAAAUUCUCAUGCCCCAGACCGGAUUCAAACCCACACCCUCCGGAAUCGGAGGCAGAGGUAUAUUCACUGGACUAUCACGGCUCUCAUAACAAUGUAAACCUCAGAUAAGAAUGUCUAGUUCUUCUCGUGAUAUGAUUGGCCCCAAAGUAUUGGCUGCCCUCGAUCGUUUUUAUUAAAUUUACUAUUGAUGGUACAGUUGAUGUUAUUAAUCGAAUUUUGCUCACAUUUAGAUCAUCAAACAAGAAAAAAAUUCCAACAGGGUCGUCUUAAAUGAAUUCAAAUUCAACAAUGCGUCUAAAUUAUACUUUUCGGAUAAUACUUGCCAAAUUGCUUCCAUGUCCUCGAUUGUUUUUAUUAAGUUUACUAAAUGGUACAGUUGAUGUUAUUAAUCGAGUUUUGUUGUUUUGUAAAAAAUUAACACUUUUUAAUACAUUUUUUCCUUCCGUUCAUAAUUCAUGGUGAGGAGAAUCCUUUCAAACACUUUUGUGUAUUUUACCAUCCGGUAUAUUAAAAUUAGAGCUGUGAUAGCCCAGUGGAUAUGACCUCUGCCUCCGAUUCCGGAGGGUGUGGGUUCGAAUCCGGUCCGGGGCAUGCACCUCCAACUUUUCAGUUGUGUGCAUUUUAAGAAAUUAAAUAUCACGUGUCUCAAUCGGUGAAGGAAAACAUCGUGAGGAAACCUGCAUACCAGAUAAUUAUCUUCAUUCUCUGCGUGUGUGAAGUCUGCCAAUCCGCAUUGGGCCAGCAUGGUGGACUAUUGGCCUAACCCCUCUCAUUCUGAGAGGAGACUCGAGCUCAGCAGUGAGCCGAAUAUGGGUUGAUGACGACGACGAUAUUAAAAUUGCUCACAUUUAGAGCAUCAAACGAGUUAUUUAAUAAAAGAGUAACAUCUAUAAGUUGUCGACAUUCCUAUGGAAUGUCCCUAGCAGUGAGGUUUUCAGUUUUAAAAUCUGAGUUCAUAGUGUUGUUAUGUAUCACAUUAAAAAAAAAGUUGAGGGGAGGUGUUCAGUUAUAACUGCAAUGCUGUGGCUGAAAAUUGACAAAUCUGAAUACGGUGAAGGUGUUGUAAUAUAUUUUCUGCUAUUAUCGCCAUAUUAUGGUAUAUUGAUAUAAAGGAAUAAUAAACUGAUUUAUUUAUAAACUGCACUGAUUAUAAUAAUUGUAUAAGGAUAUAAAAUAAAAGGUUAUUAUAGGACUCAAAAGUGAUUACAAAUAUAAGAAAACUAUGUCGACCAAAGGUUAUGAUUCACGACACUUGUCAGGACAACUUAAUUAACAAAUCAAACUGUAACCAAAAUAAGACCCUAGAAUGGCAGAGAAUGACCUUGAGUGAAGUCACGUACUUGUGAACGAUGUGUGUAGGGUUAAAAGAUCCUUUGACUGUAUACAAACACUCCUCUUUUCCACUCAAGUCACUCUCCCCGCCUAUCCCAAGUAACCCAUAAAGAAUUACACAACAAGAGUUGUGGACGGCUCGAACGCCACGAGCAAACUGAAGCCAACACGAGAUCGAGAGACAUCAUAUCUGUCACAGACUACUAUUUCCUACACUGUUUAUUAACAUAUAAAUUUAAAAGCUUAGCUGCUUCUAAAUUGCGGCGAUAACAAGGUUUAUCAAAUAGGUGAUACAGAGUGAAAUGGUGAACUGGUAAUCGUGUAAGGAAUCGGCAAAACCAUAUAUCCACGCAUUGCGCAUUUUACAGUAUUCUAAAUAUGAAACAAAUAUGAAAUGUGAAUGUAGAUGGCCAAAUCUAAAGUGGGCGAACAAAAGAGUUCGUUCGCCACACUAUAAAUUAUCAAUAUCUCUCUGUACUAAAAUUUUCGUUCGCUCAUCUCUAAUUUUCCUUAAUUUCAAAAAUUAAAUUAUUUCAGAAAUUAAUGAAAAUUAGGAAAUGUCGUUAUCAUCAUGUUUUUCCAUCUACUUAUUUACGUUAUUUAUAAUGGAAAAAGCUUGGGCGAUUUUCGGAUCUUCAUCGAUAAUACAGUGUUUAAGCGAGUUCUUCGGAGCCUUGAACUUUUAAAAUAGCCUUUCAUGACUAGAUUAUUGAUCGUCAUUUACCGUGAUAGCCCAGCAAGCCGUGUUAGCUUAGUGGAUAUAGCCUCUGCCUCCGAUUCCGGUAUGGGUUCCAAUCCUUGAUUCUGGUAGCUAACUUUGUUACCAGGAAAUGAAAAUUUCUGAGCGUCGGAACGAGAUAAUUUACCAUGCGAUGCGAUGUGUAGGACAUUGUGUUAAGUUGUAUAACUAUUAAAUAAGCAACAGUAAAAAAAAGAAUAUCUGGUUAGUAACAACUUUGAUAAACUACCCUCCCCCCAACUUGUAUCAAUAAUGAGAUAAUUAAAAGUUGAUACUAACCAGUAUUAUUUGAUAUUUAAAUAUUUAGUGAUAUUUAAUAUAGGCACUUCACUAUUCUUAUUGUCGAAGAAUGACGGUAGUGGAUGUGGUUAGUAACAAUUUUUGGUAAACUACCCUCCUCACUAUUCUUAUUGUCGAAGAAUGACGGUAGUGGAUGUGGUUAGUAACAAUUUUUGGUAAACUACCCUCCUCACUAUUCUUAUUGUCGAAGAAUGACGGUAGUGGAUGUGGUUAGUAACAACUUUUGGUAAACUACCCUCCUCACUAUUCUUAUUGUCGAAGAAUGACGGUAGUGGAUGUGGUUAGUAACAAUUUUUGGUAAACUACCCUCCUCACUAUUCUUAUUGUCGAAGAAUGACGGUGGUGGAUGUGGUUAGUAACAACUUUUGGUAAACUACCCUCCUCACUAUUCUUAUUGUCGAAGAAUGACGGUAGUGGAUGUGGUUAGUAACAAUUUUUGGUAAACUACCCUCCUCACUAUUCUUAUUGUCGAAGAAUGACGGUAGUGGAUGUGGUUAGUAACAACUUUUGGUAAACUACCCUCCUCACUAUUCUUAUUGUCGAAGAAUGACGGUAGUGGAUGUGGUUAGUAACAACUUUUGGUAAACUACCCUCCUCACUAUUCUUAUUGUCGAAGAAUGACGGUGGUGGAUGUGGUUAGUAACAACUUUUGGUAAACUACCCUCCUCACUAUUCUUAUUGUCGAAGAAAGACGGUAGUGGAUGUGGUUAGUAACAACUUUUGGUAAACUACCCUCCUCACUAUUCUUAUUGUCGAAGAAUGACGGUGGUGGAUGUGGUUAGUAACAACUUUUGGUAAACUACCCUCCUCACUAUUCUUAUUGUCGAAGAAUGACGGUGGUGGAUGUGGUUAGUAACAACUUUUGGUAAACUACCCUCCUCCCAACUUGUAUCAAUAAUGAGAUUAUUAAAAGUUAAUACUAACCAGUAUUAAUUUAUAUUUAAAUAUUUAGUGAUAUUUAAUAUAGGCACUUUACUAUUCUCAUUAUCGAAGAAUGACGGUGGUGGAUGUGGUUAGUAACUACUCGGCCUGCCCGACAGGCACUGUCGCGCUCACGGUGAAGACAGCCCGCACUGCGACCCGUAAAGAAGCGGCCAACCAAGGCACAAUAUAACGACGCCUGCAAACUAGCCGAGACCGCGAGGCUCAUCCGGCGCCCAGACCGAAGCAAACAAAAACAAGCGGAGGAAGAAGAAGAAGAGCAAGAACAAAGAGGCCAAGAAGUCCCAACAAGAGGAAGCUAGCACCGAGCCGAGGACCCACGUCCUGCCCAACGCAGCCGCCUCCAGAGGGACAAAAAGAAGCACGCGCCCACAGAGCACCAACGAGGUGAUAAUUGCAGCGCUGGAGGUGCUGCAAGACGUCCUCAAGGCAAGGCAAGGCAAGGAGGCAUCACCCGUCUAACCGCCAGCAACCCGUGAUGUAACACGCCCACGGAGUAAGGUAAAACCGCCCAUUCUCCCCCUUUCUACCACUUAGUGGUUUUCAAAUUCCACACACACCCUCCCGGGGCCUCCCACAAGCGAGAAACACCCCGAGAGGGUGUCGAAAGACCCCUCCCGGAGCCUAUCGGAUCUACUCAAAACGGCUCUACAAAGAGCCAAUCCAAAGACGUCGCCAGCCAUGAAAAUGGCGACCCCUCACGUAGAAGGCUAUGCCUUGGUCGUGUUGCUUUCUUCUCUCGGGCCCUAACGGGCCAGCCUCAGUCAUUUUACUCUCUUCGCAGCGAGCAGUCGUAUGCGUGAAUUGGUAUGCACGUAUGUAGCCAGCGAAGGUGUGUAUGUAUAUAUCGGCGCAUUUCACGCGCGGCCUCAGUUUGCUGCGGCUCGGCGCAGUGCGCGGUCGCAUGCUUGGCAUAUAUCGCACCUUCGGUGCAACAAAGUCACAACAGCUCAUUUUUUAAUUUUACAGGAGAAGACUUUUAAUAUUUUUUUUGCAUUUAUUUCCGUAUUUCUGGAUAGCUAUUUAUAGUAGGUUUAAAAUUUUUAUAAAAUUAAUUGUUUAUUUUGUUUGCUAUAGUUUUACGUAAAAAUCUUAUAUUAAAUUACCAAAAAAAUCCUAAUAAAAGACAUAAUAAAAAAAUGUGUCCUGAAUUGUGACUUUGUUGCACCAGGAAUUAUUUAGUUUUAUGACUUAAGCUUAUUAUUUAGGAUAAGGUUUUAAAUGAAAUAAAGUGUCGUAAUCAAACAUAA